AUGUCGUCAUCAACCGCGAACUGCAGAACUGCAGAUUGCGACUGCUUUGGCUUUUGUGCUGCUAAACGACUUCCUCCCCAACCCUCAUUGGACACUUGGAGGAUUAGGCAGAGUUGGACCAGGGGUCAUCGUGGAACUGCUGGAUUGGAGGCAAAGGUUGAGACCGAGGAGAGAGAGACUGGAAAGGCAAAGACCGAGGCUGAUACUUUACCAAGGUAG